AUGGCCAGUCCUCCCCACGCCGGUAGAAUACAGGACAUUGAGAACGCAAUUAGCUCGUACGAAGCAGAAGAGGAGCGCAUCGUAAACGUCCUCUCGCGCAAACUGGAGCAACUCCGGGACGAGAAACUGAGGCUCGAAAACAUUUCAGAAUCAGAGACAGAGUCGCACAUGUUUCAACUCGGCAGGGAACUUGACGCGCUCAAACGUGCCUCGUUACUCGUGAAUACCAACGCGCUCUCAUACGAAUCGGACAGUCAAGGCCAGAGCGUGUCCAACAGCCCUAUCCAGCACUACCAGCCAAACUCGACCGAUCCACGCUCCCCGCCAUCGGAUGCUAUGCUCCACCUCUUACGCACUGAGAAUGCACUCCUCCGCCAAAGACUCGUCGAUACCGAGCGGGAAUUCACAAAAGCGACCAAACUCAACGAAGCAUACAGAGAAGAGCUUAUUGAGCUCCGGAGACGUCUCGGAUUGCCAGUCGACGGGCUCCUCGUCGUUCAGGAAGCAAACACACAACCUACGUAUCAGCGACACCGUGAAUCUUCCAUGGUCACCAUCCCAAUGCCGAUUGCACAACGUCCCUCGCCCGGCCCUCUGCCCAUACCCAGACCACCGUCUCAGAUUCACCGACCUCCCAUUACCGAAGUAAACCCCACCAAUUUAUCCAUGACGACUUCGGCAAGUUCUCCCGACUCGUCAACACCCGCUUCGCCCUUUCCCUUUUCUCCCCUCUCUUCCUCCCUCACUUCUGCACAACAGACGGGAUACCACACCACACUGACGACCCCAGCGUCCAUACCACCACUCUCGAAUAUGCCUCCAACGCUCGCAAACCCCAGCAUGCUCACCUAUCCACACGUCCCCCCACCGUCGCUCUCGUCAAGCGUUGGAUCACCAGUGGCCAUGUUCUCGCCUGUAAACGGAACCAGUCGACGGAACAGUCGUGUAGCAGAGACGGCCUCGUUGGUGCGCCGUGGGAGCAGAGGCAGCAGCGUCGAUCGACAUCCAAGACAAGCAGGUCAUACUUCCGUACAUGGGCCGUCCAUUGCAGAGCAAUUGGCAGAAGCUCUCUCACGUUGA